GUAACCCGUAGUGUGAAAACAAGCUUAAUAAAUCUUGAUCCCGCUGCAGUCGAGACCCGGCGUUCUGGUUCCCAAUAAUUAUACCCCAUUAUAAUACCUUUGCCGCAGCUUCGGUGUCAGCACUUAAAAUCCAGAGCAAACCAAGUAAUCACACCAAAAAUGGGAUCUGUUGAGCCGAACGCGGCUAGAGUCGCCAUUGUUACCGGUGGGACGAGCGGCAUUGGGCUCCUCCUUUCCCGGCAUCUGCAUGCAAAGGGCUGGCGUGUUGCCCUCGUCGGGCGACGGGCGGACGUGGGCGCCCCGAAGACGGCGCUUCUCGACCGCUCGGGCGAGAGGGCAGUGUUCGAGCAGUGCGACGUGUCCUCGUACUCGUCCCAGGCGGCCAUGUUCAGGUCGGUAUGGGCCAGAUGGGGGCGGCUGGACCUGCUGAUCGCCAACGCCGGCAACGUCGACCACGGGUCGUGGUACAACUUUGGCGGCCGCGGCGCCGGCGUCGACGACCUGCCGCCCGAGCCCGACAGCAGCUGCACGGACACGCACCUCAAGGGCGUCAUGUACGGCACCCGGCUGGCGACGCACUUUAUGCGCCACAACAAGCCCUCGCCCGGCGGCAAGAUCAUCGCCACCAGCAGCAUGCUCGGCCUCCAUCCCUGCCCGACCUUCCCCGAGUACGGGGCGGCCGAGGCGGGCGUCAUCCAAUGGGUCCGCGUCAGCGCGCCGCUGCUCAAGCUCAAGGAGAACAUCACCAUCAACGCCGUCAUGAUGGGGCCCGUCAUCACCCCCGUCAUGCCCGGGUUUGCUAAGGCCUUCCUGCCCGAGGAGCUUGUCCUCCCCAGCACCAUCCUCGAGGCGUAUGACGUCUUCAUCGAUGACGCCGAGAACCAGCGGACGGGUGAGACGGUCGAGACGGCGCACGACCGGCUUUUCUGGCACGAGAUGCCGGAGCUCAAGGCCGGGAAGCUCAAUGUGCGCAACAUGGCCGUCUACGAGCCGUGGUUUGCCGCCAUGCACGGCGAGAAGAGCGGGCUCGAGAACGCGCUACAGGGGCCGCCCGAGGGGAAUGCCGAGGAUGCUGGUCGCGCCGAGGAGUUGGCAGUGGGCAUGAGGUAAGAACGAGAGUGAGUGGUGUUGAGCAUUGCUCCCGCGAAUGGGGGUUUCGAUUACCGAGUUGAGUUGGUAAUUAGUGGGCACGAGGUGGGAAGUGAGUGGCAAUGAGGACUGCCCCCGCGCGAAUUCGGGGUGUUUCGUUUCCGAGUAGAGUACGGAACAGUUCUUGUGAUGAGCCUAGUCUAGUCAAGCUCUCGAGUCGCACCAAUUCGCUCGGCAUCAACGCAAGCGGCUCCAUGGGGCCUAGUUAGUGUAACGGUGGGAACUUACGACUUUAUGACCA